UUUUUAAUUUUAUAAUGAGCUUAUUUUAAGAAUUUUAUUUGAUCUCCACCGUUGGUUUAACAUAGUCAGUAGCUUAAUGGGGCCUCGAGGCACUUUGAUUCGUCCCCUUACGGAAGGUGUUCAUUAGUUAUUUUGACAAGGUUAGAUCUCAAAAGAUAGAUAAUUAUAGGUUAAAUUCUACUAGACUCACCCCUACGGUGACUACUAGGACUAAAUCUAUGAUUAUUGAAACCGUGGGUCUAGCUCAUAAAAUAAGAGAUUUUGUUUUCUUUUUUUGAUCGAAUAGUAGGUUGUUAAUAAUGGUGUCCAUUAUUAAAUGAGUUUACAACUCUAUUUAACUAGUGGUAUUUUUUACUCUCACCAACUGGGACAAUGAUAUCAUAGAUUAGUUAAAAACCUAAAGAAAUAGAGAUAUGAUUGUUUUGGUAUUUUUUCUCAUAUCUUACAUAUUUUUGUAUAUGCUGUGCUAUUUCUUGAAAUUUGUGUGAAUAGAAGUUUUAUUGAGCAAAUGUGAUUGAUUUCUAUUUUAUUGAUAAUUUGUAGUUUUAAGUUAAGUAGUGUCUGUGUAUACUCCCAUCCUUUCUCAACUUUCGAUGGAGAAACUCACUAAAAAAAAAACUUCCUUAAUUGGAAGCAGAAUAUCAACAUAAAGUUGAUUGGUGACAACUCCGAGUUCGUCAUGAUUGAGGAAUCCCUAGAACGAGCAUCGUCUCCACAUGUUCUUGAUAGCACCGUAAAUGCUUGGAUAACACCGUCUCCGAACGUAAGUUAUGGCACCGUGAAUUCUCGGAUGGCACCGUGUCUGCACGUUCGUGAUCAACUCAACUAUGGUCUGACGCAGCUCAUGAACGAGCUUCAGAUUAUUGAACCUGUCAUGGGUGGACCUAGUAAAGUAGGUGAAAAUAAGACUACUGAUGUUGCUGCUCAUCUAGUUAAGGCUGAAGCUAACCAAGCUUCAUCUUCGAAAGCUGGAAACAAGAGGAAAGGUGGGCAAAACAAUAACCCCAAGCCUGCAAAAGCUGCAAAGGCGAGUGCACAGACGCCUAAGGGGAAAAACAAGAAAGGUAAAGGUAAAUGUUUUCACUGCAAAGAAAAGGGGCAUUGGAAACAAGAUUGCCCCAAGUAUCUAGCAGAUAAAAACAAAGCUUCUUGAAUCGUGGGAGGAAGUGAACGAAGGCGGCUUAAAGCUUAGAGUUGGGAACGGAGCGUUCGUUGCGGUACAAGCUAGAGGAAGAGCUCGUCUGAAGUUCGGAAAUAAAUUUUUAAUUUUAAAAGAUGUAUUUUUUAUUCCGGAUUUUAGUAGAAAUUUAAUUUUAGUUUCCAUGUUGCAAUUAGAACGAUUUGUUAUGACUUUCACAAGUUUUAAUAUAUCUAUUUCUUUCAAUGGACCACAAUUGUGUAUUGCAUGUUUGGAAAACAGGCUUUAUAUUCUGCGACCUAACGAACCCCUCCCUCUUAACAAUGAUUUAUUCAAAGUAGCUAAACCUAGGACCAAUAAACGUCAAAAGACCGAUAACAAUAAUGUGACGUAUUUAUGGCACUUGAGACUAGGUCACAUUGGCUAUGAUAGGAUUCAAAGACUUACAAAGGACGGACCUUUGAGGGAACUCACCUUAGGUGAAUUACCUGUCUGU